CGAUGGCAAUAAUAAUAAUAAUAAUAAUAAUAACGAUAGAAGGAACAAAAAUAAACGAUCAAAUAGCAAUGAUGAUAAUAACAAUAACAACAAUAACUAUAACAAGAGAACAACAACGCCCAGGUAUAAUUUGCUAAGACCACGUUCUCAACGUGAUACAGAUUAUAAUAACAAUAAUAACAAUAAUAAAUACACAGAUAGAUAUAACUCUCAACAUUAUACUCCAAAUUAUUAUCCAAUGAGCAGUAACAGACAUGAUAGCAAUAGUAAUUAUUAUAAUAACGAUAAUGGCAUGAACAAUAACAAUUAUAAUUAUAAUAACAAAGAUAAUAAUGAUCAAAAUGGUAUGAGUAGUAACGGUAAAAAUUACAAUUAUAAUUACAAUAAUGAUAAUAAUGAUCGAAAUAAUAUGGGCAGUAAUAAUAAUGGUUACAAUUACAAUUACAAUCAUAAUAAUGAUAAUAAUAAUAACGAUCAAAAUAGUGCAAGCAGUAAUAAUGGUAACAAUUACAAUUAUAAUAACGAUAACAAUGAUAACAAUCAAAAUGGUAUGAGUAAUAAUAAUCAUAAUUAUAAUUAUAAUAACGAUAAUAAUAAUAAUAAUAAUCAAAAUGGAAAUAGAAAUAAUAAUAAUAAUAACAAUUAUAAUGAGACUCAAGAGCAAUGUGGAAUUAUAACGUGUAUUAUGAAACAAUUGCAUAUGGUAGAUAGCCAAGGCUUUCCUGACCGUAGCUUGGUUUCCCAAGCGUUAAUGAUGAAUGUACGCAAUUCGGAAUUGCGAAAUUUUUUACAAGAAUCUACUGAUGAUUGUUUCGAAUUAAUAAGUGAAGAAUAUAAAAAAGAUUCUUGUGAAUAUGCAAAUCAUUUAAUCAAUUGUUUGGCCGAAAAAGGUCGAAACAAUUGUGAUGAUUGGUUGUAUGAAAAUAUUUCAUUUUAG